AGAUUGUAGGUAAGACGGGCUUGAAUGCUCCUGCAGGUAUGACAGCGACCACAUGCUUUACUGAAUGCAAUUUAAAGCAAUCGGUGUCUUGACGAAAGCGGAUUCCAGGAUUACGCGGAGCGCAUCUUUUGGACCGAUUCUCCAGUGCGUCACCAGAGAGAAGAAGUGAACUAAAGCAUGAAGCUGGAGGUGUUGUGCGGACAUCACUAUGAUAUGACACUUAGGGAGAUGUCUAGUGAUGCCGAUGGGAGUGUGCGGUCUCCUCUUUCUGCCGAGGAGGAGCUGGGGUCGGAUGGAGACUGCGUUGCGCACAGCCCUUCACCUGCCUCGUGCGUAAACGCCAAAUCCAAGCCGUACACACGGAGACCCAAGCCGCCUUUCUCAUACAUCGCUCUCAUCGCUAUGGCCAUCAGGGAUUCUCCUUCUGGACGUCUGACUUUGGCAGAAAUCAACAACUACUUGAUGAAAAAGUUUCCGUUCUUUAGAGGCAGCUACACAGGUUGGAGAAACUCCGUUCGGCACAACUUGUCCCUCAAUGACUGCUUUCUCAAAGUGCUCCGGGACCCAUCCAGACCUUGGGGAAAGGACAAUUACUGGAUGCUCAACCCUCAAAGCGAAUACACAUUUGCUGAUGGGGUGUUCCGGCGCAGAAGAAAGCGCAUUACCAAAAAGUUAAACGGGGAGGAAGAGGUAUCUGAGGCCGCACAGGAGUCUCCGAGCAUUGCGCAAAGCACCGCCAGCGCCAGGACAGACUCAUGCGCCAAGUUUACGAGUCCUUUUGCCAUUGACAGCAUCCUCAGCAAGCCGUUCAAGAGGGACUCACACAAGGACUUCCCCCUCCUCCCUGCCCUACAGUGGCCGUGCUACCCUGACCUUAUGAUUCCUCAUUCAAAUGCACCUGCCUCAUUUCCAUACGUCAACACAGCCUGCCAUAUGGACCCUUCUGUUGCGCAUGUGUCAAACCACUAUGGCACAGCGCUGCCUUCACAGACUUUCUUUCAAUAUCAGAAAUGAAAUCGCACUCAUUUCUAAUUGGUAAAAAAUAUGCACUGAUGACCGGGGUGGAGGAGAGUACAGACUGCAUCAUGGACAGAUCAUAACAUUAUUGGAAUUAAAUUACCUUUGGCAUCAUUGUGAUCUUACUGCAUUACAUUGUGUUUGUAUUUUGUCAUUUCUGUGUAAUGCAUGUUGGGUUUGCUGUUUUACGCACAACACGCACACUUUGCUGUAAUGUUACUGAACUGUACUUUUUUUUUUUUUUUUUUUGCUUAACAAACAUGUUCAAAUAUGCACUUUGUUUUGUGUCUCUUCUUUCAGAAAAUGUGCGAUUUACGACAUAAAAAGGAAAAUGACCCCUA